AUGGCUGACCAGCCAGCAACACCGAACCACGGCCCGUUCAUCUCUCAGGCCCCGUACCUCCACGACUACACCAACGCCAAGAUGGGCACCCCCUUCAAGCUCGACGAGGGCUUCUCCGAGGACACGCGGAGCCAGAGCGAGGUCGACACCGCCAUGCGCAGCGAGCCUCAGCUAUCCGAAGCCGCGGAGGAGAGUGCCUCCCGCGUCACACUCCCCGGCUGGAUAUUGAGUCUGCCGGAAAAUGACAGAUCAGAAUUCGCUCUCGAGAUUCUGCGGUCGCUGCGCACUGCGUCCAUAGCCGCCAUUGUCGAGCGACUGAAUUCGCGGCUCCACCUCGACCCGGUGCUGUACCUUCCGCCUGAGAUCACCUUUCAAGUAUUCUCCUAUCUGGAACCGGAAACUCUUUUAAAGACUUCGACGCUGUCGAAAGCAUGGCGGGGCCGUGCCCUGGACAGUCAGUUGUGGAAGUGCAUGUUUGGUGCCGAAGGUUGGACAGCAAACCUUCGCCAAAUCAGGACUUUUGAGGAGCAUGAAAAAGAAAACAGGUCAAUAAUGAAGGAACGCAAGUCGCGAGUCCGUGGCGGCGAUGCCGAUCUCGAGCAGAUGCACACCAAAAAGCGGAUCAGAGAGCAACACCUGUUCGGUGACGGCUCGCAGAGCGGGCCCGUCGCUACAGUGGCCGAUGGCGAUGUAAGAGGUUGGGCAGAACAGAACGGCGCCAUCGAGGCCGACGAUAGCUCCGCACGCAGUGAAGACGGCAUGCAAGACAUUGCUUAUGACGGCCAGCAGCCGGGAGAGUCUCCCUCGGAGGAGAGAGUCCUCGACCUCGCUCGGCAGCUAGAGUCCCGUCCACAAUUCGCCAUCGAAGAUGUUGCCUCACCACCGCCUGCGGAUAUUCUCUACCCGCCAAUCAGGCCUUCUCUGAUUUUGUCCUCGUUCGGAGAUCCCAUGGUGAAUUGGCAGUAUCUUUACAAGCAGAAACGGAGGCUGGAAGAAAAUUGGGGUGCGGGCAGGUACACCAACUUCCAACUGCCUCACCCGUCACACCCCUACGAAUCACACAGAGAAUGCGUCUACACCAUACAGCACUCAGCCAAACACGUCGUGAGUGGCAGUCGGGACAAGACCAUCCGCAUUUGGGACUUGGAAACGCAGAGAUUGGUUGUGGCUCCGUUAUUAGGUCACGAUGCUUCUGUACUGUGUCUACAGUUCGACGACAGGCCAGAGCACGACAUCGUGGUUUCCGGCGGUAGCGACUGCCAUGUCAUCGUCUGGCGCUUCUCGACCGGACAAAUGAUCAAGAAGAUGGAGCGCGCGCACAGCGAGUCUGUCCUCAACUUGCGUUUCGACGAUCGCUAUCUCAUCACUUGUUCCAAGGACAAGACCAUCAAAGUAUGGAACCGCAGGCAGCUUAUCCCUACUGACCGGGACUACCCAAGAAUAAGCAGUGGUGGUGCCCGAUUCCCCAGCUACAUUAUCAACAUUGACAAGGAACUCCAAAACCAACACUUGAACUUUAAGCCGCUCAAAGAAUUCAGUCUGCUAAUGACUCUCGAUGGCCACAGCGCUGCAGUCAACGCCAUACAGUGCUGGGACGACCAAAUAGUGUCUGCUUCUGGUGACCGCACAGUGAAGGUUUGGGACAUUCAUACAGGCGCCUGCCUGAAGACCAUCCCCGGCCACACUAAAGGCAUCGCAUGCGUCCAAUUCGAUGGUCGUCGCAUUGUCACUGGCAGUUCUGACGAGACAGUACGUAUCUUUGACAGGGUCACUGGGGCAGAGGUAGCUUGCCUUCGAGGGCACGCCAAUCUCGUCCGUACAGUGCAGGCGGAGUUUGGAGAUAUGCCGGGCAAUGAGGAAGAGCUCGAAGCCGAGGCUCGUGCUGUUGACCAGCAGUACUUCGAAGCUAGAGCAAGAGGCGCGCUGACAGAACUUACGCGGGAGGAGCGCCGUAGGAGGAACGCUGGAUCGCGUGACCCCAGAGAAAUAUUCGCAUAUGGCGCAAAACUUCCACCGGGUGGGGGAGGUAGCCGCUGGGGACGCAUUGUUUCAGGCUCGUAUGACGAGAGCAUAAUCAUCUGGAAGAAAGCUCCAGACGGGAAAUGGGUUGCUCACAAACGCCUGUUACAGAGCGAGGCAGUUGCCAAUGCUGGUGGAGGUAGACGACGCGGCCCUGCUCCCGCACGCCUGAACCAUCAAUUGCAGCAGCAAAUGGCCGCUCUGACUGCGGCAUCACAAGCAGCACAGAAUCAAGUUCAGCAGCAGCAGAACGGCGCCGCACCAAACCAACCGGCAAACAUCCAGCAGAUACAACAGCAAGUUGCGCAGCUACAACAGGCUCAGCAACUUGUGCAGCAAGCACAGGCCCUGCAGGCACCACAGGGACAGGCAGCUCAGCCUGGUAACAAUGCUCAACCACCAGCGCAGCCCGGACACAAUGGUAACCAGCAGCAUGGCCACCACCACCAUCACCACCAACACGUCCCCCUUGUAGGCGGCACAGUGAAUCCGACAGGCAGCAAUUCUCGUGUGUUCAAGUUGCAGUUCGAUUCUAGACGCAUCAUCUGCUGCAGCCAGGACCCGACCAUUGUUGGCUGGGACUUCGCCAACGGCGAUCAAGAAGUUAUAGCUGCGAGCAGGUUCUUCGGCGAAGGUUUCUAA